CCCCUCUUUUUGGUCACGCGAAAUCUUCAUUGCAGACAAUAAAAGCUUUCCUGCCAGCUAUGAUGAAAAAUAACCAUGGUCAUAUUGUCAACGUUCUAUCAGUUGCUGCACUUGUAUCAAUUCCUUUUCUGGUGACUUAUUGCUCAAGCAAGUUUGGUGCUUUAGGGCUUCACAAAGGCUUUACCCAAGAGUUGCUUGCUUUGGGAAAAGAUGGGAUCAAGACUACCUGCUUGUGCCCAUAUUUUGUAAGCACUCCGCUUGUAAAAAACGUAGAGUCAAGAAUAAUACCUAUUCUGAAGCCUGAGGCAGUUGCAAAGAGGCUCAUGGAUGGGAUACUCUGCAAUCAAAAGAAGAUCGUUAUGCCAUCGCCAGUUUCGAUGUUCUCUUUGGUGGAAAUAAUUCUUCCUGAGCGUGCUUUGGUGGCUUUGCAUGAGAUUUUGAGUAUCAAACUGGAUGUGAAGAAACAAGAAUGACUCAAAGUAUCAAAUCUUCAGAAGCUUUCCAAAUUUUAGAUCAUGUGCAAUCAUGUUUCUAAUAUCAUGUUUUCUUACUUCUUAUGUAAACUGCAAAAGGAAUUCCAAGCACUAUUCUUCACAAAUCAAUAUUAAGAUAUCUUUUUCAAGUACUGG